GCCGCUAUGAGGAGGCCCUGGAGGAGCACCGGGAGGAGCUGCGGCUGCUGGAGGGCGCCGGGGACCGUUUGGGCUGCGCCAUCGCCCACCGCAAGAUCGGCGAGCGCCUGGCGGAGCUGGAGCGGUACCCGGCUGCCCUGCAGCACCAGGAGCAGCACCUGGAGCUGGCGCGGGCGCUGGGCGACCACACGGAGCAGCAGCGGGCCUGGGCCACCCUGGGCCGGACCCACAUGUUCAUAGGGGAGAGCAGCGAGGAGCCCGGGGCGCUGGAUGAGGCCCAAAGGGCUUUCCACACCAGCUUGGCCAUCGUGGAGGAGAGGCUGGAAGGAUGGGUGCCGCGGAGGGAGGUGCUGGAGAUGAAGGCUCGGCUCUUCCUCAACCUGGCGUUGGUGAGCGACAGCCGGAAGGAGCCGGAGCAGAGGGAGCGGUACCUGAGGAGGAGCAUCUUCCUGGCGGAGCAGGGGGGGCUGCAGGAGGACCUGUACCGGGCGCACUUCAACCGCGGCUCCAUCCUGCUGCGGGACGGGGACCACGGCGGGGCCCUGCGGAGCCUGAGCCGCGCUCGGGAGUGCGCCCGGAGCCUGCGGGACCGGGCCCUGGAGAGCGAGAGCUGCGCCAGCUCCGCACGGGUGUUCCUGGCCCUGGGGGACUUUGCUGCUGCCCGGCGCUCUCUCCGGCAGGCCCUUGCCCUGGGCCCGCGGCAGCCGCGGCACCGGCACCAAGUGCGCGCCGACCUCCGCUACGCCACGCGGAUGCUGCGGCUGCUGCAGGCGCUCGAGGGGGCCGGGGGGGACGCGGCGGCGGCGCUGCCCCUCUGCGAGCAGCUGGGGGACGCCUGCUCCCGGCGCGGCGACUACGGCAGGGCCCUGGGCUUCUACCAGAGGCAGCUGGCUCUGGCGCAGUCCCUGCCGCUGCCCCCCCAUGCGCUGGCCCCCAUCCACGUCUCCUUGGCCACCACGUUUGGGGACCUGGGCCAGCCCGCGCGGGCCCUGCACCACUUCCGCCAGGAGCUGGCCCUGCGCGGGGGGGACCCCGCCGAGGUGGGGCCCGGACCCAUGGAACG